AUGCGAUCCUGGUUCGGAAGGGGCAAGUCCCUACAGCUUGCCGUCACUUCCUGCUGCUUGAUGGCUUUCGUCCUCUUUGGCUACGACCAAGGCGUCUUUGGGGGCAUCCUCCAGAAUGAGGACUGGCUCAAUCAGUUCGAUCAUCCCUCGGACACCAAGACCGGCAUCAUCGUGUCAUGCUACAACCUGGGCUGCUUGACUGGAUGCAUCAUCAAUUUUUUCGUCGGCGAGCUACUUGGCCGCCGGCGUACCAUUUGGUUAGCUAUGGCCUUUGUCAUUGUCGGAGCGACCUUGCAGACUUCGGCAUACAAUGUCUCCCACCUAGUCAUCGGUAGAGUCAUUACUGGAUUUGGCACGGGUAUCAAGACCUCCACGGUGCCCAUGUACCAGUCCGAGCUGUGUGAGCGUGAAACGCGUGGACGCCUCGUCUCGGCGGAAACUCUCUUUGUCGGCGUUGGUAUCGUCUUUGCCUACUGGUUCGACUUUGGCAUGUCUUACGCAGGCGGAGCGGUGGCAUGGCGCCUUCCCAUCGCGUUCCAGCUUGUCUUCACCUUUUUUGUCAUCUUUAUCGUCUUCGGCAUCCCCGAAUCUCCUCGUUGGCUAUGCAAUCAUGGUCGAAAGGAGGAAGCCGUCGAAACCUUAUGCGCAGUGUACGACAAGUCUGCUGACGAUCCAUACAUCUUCGCUGAGAUGGAAGCAAUUGAACGCGCCAUUGAGCUGGAAAGCGACAGCGGCCGGUCAAUAUUGUCCAUAUUCAAGAAGGACAAAGUCCGCACGCGGUACCGCAUUCUGCUGGCAUGGGGUAUCCAGUUGAUGAAUCAGGUUGGAGGCAUCAAUCUGGUCGUGUACUACAUUCCAUCUGUGCUUGUGCAAAACGUCGGCAUGACUCCCCGUAUCGCUCAGAUUCUUGGCGGCUGCAUCAACAUGAUGUUCAUGUUCGGCUCCAUCCUGCCAGCACUUGCUCUUGACCGAAUGGGACGCCGCACGACAAUGAUCCUCGGAUGCGCUGGCCUUGGAAUAUGUAUGCUCCUGAUCGCCGCCCUCCUUUCCCAGGCAACCUCGCCAUCCAUCGGCCAAGCUUGCGCCUCGGCGUCUGUUGCGUUCUUUUUCCUGUACAUGCUCUUCUUCGGCAUGAGCGUCAACUGUGUCCCAUGGGUCUACGUGCCAGAGGUGCUGCCCCUCGAGGCACGCACAAAGGGAACAGCCAUUGGUAUCAGCUCGAACUGGCUCUGGAACUUCACAAUUGUUAUGAUCACGCCCGUCAUCAUCAAUCGGUUGCAAUGGAAAGCUUACUUAAUCUUCAUGGCUACGAACCUGAUCUUCGUUCCGGUAGUCUACUUCUACUAUCCUGAAACUUCGAAUCUCAGUCUCGAAGACAUUGACUACAUCUUUACCGAAGGAGGAAGUCCAGUCAAGAUUGCACGACGCAUGCAGAAGGAGCUUGGACCCAGGCGUGCUAACUCUAGAAGGCCGUCCAUGGUGGCACCGGUAGAAGCCAGCGGCGAAAAAGAUAUCAGCCAUACCAAAACUAUCGAGGCUAUGUGA